AUGAAUGAUCUUAAUGUAGAUGAUUAUGAUGAAGAAAAUGAAGCAGAUGAUAUGUUCAUUAUUAAUGCUGUGGGCAAAAUCCAAUUUUUAGUUCCAAAAUAUUUUGGAUUUUUAGCAUUUAUUUCUGAAAUGGCAAAAUAA